UCAUAUCAGAGUUGAAGUCGAGUACAAGACAAAUUCAAUAAUAAGUUCUCCCUUUAAGAAGAUGUCAGCUUUGGAGAACCAACCGCAUUUGACCUGCCAGGAGUUAAGUAAGCAAUGUAAUGAUGUUGAUUCCAGUUCCUCACAGCUAUGCAAUCGCUGGGCACGCAGGAGUCUUCGUAAAAAUGCACCAGGUGGAUCAUAUCAGCCGAGCAUAUACAGAAAGGUCUCGGUCGGGAGUAUAUCACAGAGCUCAGAUCCUCAUCCUGUUGGCGAGCCAUCGGGAACAAGGUAUUAUCACAACAGACUUGAAGAACUUUCUAAAGAAUUGGAAAUGCUUGAUGACCAGUAUGUUGAUGAAGACGACGAUGAUGAUGAUGAUCCGGAAGAGGAUUGGGGCAAUUGUCAAAGAGGAGAAGCUCAAAAUUGUGCAUACAGAUGGCUCCCUAAUGAUGGAGAAUUUGAUGACAAUAUUGAUGAACAGCAAUUGGAUUUCUUGGAUGAAAUAGGAUCAUCUCUUCAUAAUCAAGUUGAUGAUGAAAUUGAAGUGUUCCGAUCCAGUCUCCAUUCCAUGAUAAGCAGACAGCAUCACCAGUGCAGACAGCUAUGGAAUCAAGAACUAGAGGAAUCGUUCUCAAAGAUGGUCCCUUCACAUAUGGUUUCUGAUGAACAGUCUUCUGGUCAAAGUCCAUGUCAGACAGUACCUCACAACCCUAGCUCACAAGAUACGUGGUCAUCAGAAAUUUUCCAGAGUUCAUCAGAUCAACCAAGAAUAGAAGCCAUGUCAACCUCUACUUCCAGUAUCCUUGGUGAUGAGGGGUCAAUGCACUUUGUACCAAGUCUAGGAUCUAGUAGUAGCAACGAGUUGUCUUUAGAAGCGGAGAUGAACAUGUUGACCAUUCAGCUUCUUACAUCUGCACUCACCAUAAGCAAUGCCCUACACAGACAGGAAUACGCUACAUGAACAAUACACACAUCAGUCCUACAUGCUUUCCGUCUUCCAGAUGUAGGGGGCAGAGGGCGCCCCCUACCCCUAAAUUCUUCGCAUUGUUGAACGAAGAACAGUGACCCCAAUACUCUUCGUAAUGGACACAUUUAUCACCUGGAUUAAGAGUGGCAAGUUCAGAAUAUUGUCUUGCCUGACGACCCUGACCGACACCAAUUCCUCUCUAAGACUUGAUCUAUUAAGACAAGAUCUACAAAAUAUCUGUACCUUUCACUUGGUUAUGAUGAAGAGAGAGAUGGAGAGAAAGAGAUAACACGUCAGAGCCCCAUCUUACAAAAAGAGUUACGAUUGAU